UAAAAAGAACCUUACCAGUUACCACCUGUUUUUACAGGAUCGAAUCUCCAAAGAACCAAAACCCUAAUUCAUACCAUCUUCUUUCAAUCUCCCAAAAGCACCGGUUCCUGCUUCAUUUUUCAAUCUCUCCCCUAAAGAUGGCGUAAAAUCACAAAUUCUCGUCAUCAAUACUACAAUCCAACAAAAAAUGGCCUGUAUUCCAACCUUAAACCCUCCUAAAACCCUAGGCACCAUCACAUCAUCCUCAUCCUAUUCACUCCAAAACAGUUCAUCCUUUUCAUCACCAGCAAAAACCCACUUCAAAUCCACACAAAUUUCGCAUAAAUUUCCCAACUUUAGUAUUGUAAUGGCAACCAAACAGCAGGAACAUGAACCCAAUUUGAAUGUUUUAACAAACAGUGACCGUAGAGAUGAAGUUAUUAUUGCUGCUAAAAGGUCGAUUUCUAAUUGCCUUUCGGAGACGAAUCUGCAUCUUAAUAUUCCUGCUCUUAAAUCUAAAACCAGAGGCAAGGUUAGAGAUAUCUAUGAUGGAGGUGAUUAUCUUGUACUAGUGACGACGGAUAGACAAAGUGCUUUCGAUAGAGUUCUUGCUUCGAUUCCGUUUAAAGGACAGGUUCUUAAUGAUACAAGUUUAUGGUGGUUCAACCAAACCCAGCACAUUGCUCCCAAUGCUAUAAUAGCCGUCCCUGAUCAGAAUGUUACCAUUGCAAAGAAAUGUUCCGUUUUCCCUGUCGAGUUUGUUGUGAGAGGAUACGUGACUGGAAGUACUGAUACAUCAUUAUGGACCGUUUACAAGAACGGUGUGCGAAAUUACUGUGGCAAUAUUCUUCCUGAAGGAAUGGUGAAGAAUGAAAGGCUACCUGCAAAUAUAAUCACGCCAACUACCAAAGCUGCAGAUCACGAUGUUCCUAUUAGUCCAGACGAGAUUGUGCAACAAGGGUUGAUGAGUCAAGCUGAUUAUGAUGAAGCAAGUAGCAAAGCAUUACGUUUGUUUGAGUACGGCCAGCGUGUGGCAUCAGAACAUGGUGUGAUACUAGUUGAUACAAAAUAUGAAUUUGGAAAGGGCCCUGACGGUUCGGUGCUAUUGAUUGAUGAGGUCCAUACACCUGACUCAAGCAGAUACUGGUUAGCCCAUUCUUACGAAUCCCGUUUUCAGAAUGGUCUUGAACCAGAGAAUGUCGAUAAGGAGUUCUUGAGGUUGUGGUUCAAAAAUCACUGCAAUCCCUAUGAGGACGAGGUCCUCCCUGAUGCUCCAGAAGACCUUGUUACUGAACUGGCUUGGCGAUACAUUUUCUUGUUUGAGACGAUAACAAGAUCAAGAUUUCAGAUACCUGAGACUACGGAGCCCAUACAUGAUCGAAUAACGCGCAACGUCUCAAAGGCAUUGUCAUUAAUACAGAACUAAUUCUCCCUUCGUUAACUAUGGUCGUGGGUUCUGUUUCUCUUUUCUUUGCUAAAAGUUUGAGGUUUAUAAUUUUAAUUGGUUUUAUGGCUUGCAGUUUAAUGCAAGAACUAUGAACCUACUUUCAACCAAUUAUAAUGUUUGAUCAAUAUAACUCUUAAUACCAUCAUCCUCUAACCUGAGAGCAUGAUCAGUUUCUGCUAUCCAGAAACAUUCUUGAUCGCGGUG